UUGACACUUGACAUUGACAAGUAUAUUCUGACAGUCAUCAAGAAUCACAAGAAUUUAAAUUUGCAAAAUCUUUUAUUAAAAUUAACUUGAUUCAAAAUGGUGUUUGGUGAAAUUGUUGAGCCCUCAACUCGGGCCUUAAUUGAUGAUGAAUAUGAAGAAUAUUCGGACUACAUCAAGCCAGAAUUAAAGUGGGAAGGAACAUUUAAGGCGCCUCCAGACCUUGAUACUUUGAUUUUUGUCGAAGGAAGCAAAAUACUGACACUCUUCAAUGCCUUAAUUUUGAAAGAGCAGGACCUUGUUUGUAUGUUGAAAGUUGCAGGACUACAAAUAUUUAAUGGAAAAAAUGGCAAAUAUAUCAUUUCCUACUCUAAAAACGAAAUAACAACUGGCGAAAUCAUUGAAGAACUUGUCUUAUGGCUUAGAAAGGCGGCACAUAUUUAUGGGUUAACAUCGGAAUCUGCAGCUUCUUAUCAGAAUUUACAAAUGUCAGAAAAACCCGAAACUUUGAUUAGAAAACUUUCCACAGAAAUUAAUUUGUUUCCGAAUUAUAAAAAGCUUGAGUCGCCAAAUCUAGUGUCAGGGUUGGGUGCUGAUAUCUUGUCGUUCUGCAUCCAUACAGGGUUGAAGGCUACGCUAUUUGUUGUUUACAUGGACAGUUCACCCCUUGAUUCAAUUAAUACUACCCCCAUUAUCCAGUUAAUUAAGCUUCUGGAUUUGGAUGUGAACAUGUCUUGUACAAAUCUGAACCCCGUCCCCAGCAAUUUAUAUUUAUAAUAAAAUAAAAACACAACUUUACGAGUGAUUCUUUAUUCAAUAAAUAAAAAUAGUACAAUAAAUUAAUAAUUACGUCCA